AUGUCCGGCACAGCGGCUGCCAAGGGGAAGAAGCAGGCGAACAAAAACGCCUACAGGCGCGCAAAGAAGAAGUCGCAGCGCAGCGAGACACCAUCCGAAGCCAACGACUCUGCGCGUGAGAGCGACUCUGCUGAACCAGAAAGCGACACGAAUAACGAUGUACAGGCGGUGAAGUCGGCGGACUUGGUUGAUAUGGACGACAUCUCGAAUCAAUACGACAUAGACAACCCGCUAUUCGAGCAAUACAAGGACAUCUUCGAGAAAUUCAGAGAGCGGACAGAAGAGGAGGUAGCUACCAAGGAUGACGAGAAGCCGGAGAUCUACUACAGCGACAACGACGAUGUCAGCGAGGAGGAAGACGGCCAGCCCAAGAUUUCCAAGAAGCAGCGCAAAGCCAUGAGCAAGCUCUCGGUUGCUCAGCUGAAGUCUUUGGUAAGCAACCCCGAGCUCGUGGAAUGGACAGACGUCUCGUCCUCAGACCCGCAGCUAUUAGUCGCUAUCAAGGGUGCGAAGAACGUCAUUCCUGUACCGACGCACUGGUCACUGAAGAGGGAGUAUCUUUCGUCGAAGCGUGGUAUUGAGAAGCCUCCGUUUGCACUGCCCAAGUUUAUUCAGGAGACUGGUAUCGCAGAGAUGCGGGACGCGGUCCUUGAGAAGCAGGCCGAGAUGACUAUGCGACAAAAGCAGCGCGAGCGUGUCCAGGGAAAGCUCGGCAAGCUCGACAUCGACUACUCAAAGCUUUAUGACGCCUUUUUCAGGCGACAGACCAAGCCCGAGCUUACACGGUACGGCGAGGUCUACUACGAAGGCAAGGAGUUCGAGACGAAUCUUGUUAACCUGAAGCCUGGUGAGUUGAGCGAAGAGCUGAGGGAAGCGCUCGGUAUGGCACCCGGUCACCCGCCGCCAUGGCUCAUCAACAUGCAACGCUUUGGUCCUUCGCCCUCGUACCCCAACAUGCGCAUUCCUGGUGUCAAUGCACCGAUUCCUCCGGGCGCUUCGUGGGGUUUCCAGCCAGGGCAGUGGGGCAAGCCGCCAACGGACGAUGCCGGGCGACCUCUCUUCGGUGGCGACCUCUACGGCACAAGCAUUCUCGAAGAGCAGCAGCAGCCUUCACAUGAGGGUGAGCCUGUCGAGCGCACAACAUGGGGAGUUUUGCGGGCAGAAGGCGAAAGCGAGGACGAAGAAAGUGACGAGGAGGAAGACGAGGACGAAGAGGACGAGGACGAGGAAGAGGAUGCAAGCGGCAUUCAGACAUCGAUGACUGGAGCCGCAUCUGCCAUGCCUUCGGAGAUGGGGGGUACAGAGAGCAUCGGCGGAGAGUUCACGCUCCGGAAGCAGCGCAAGGGUAUCGAGACGGAGGAACCCGGGGCACCGCGAAGCGCUUACCAGGUUCUUCCCGAGAAGAACAUUUCAGCAACCGGCUUCUUCGGUGGCGAGCAUGCUUACGAUCUCGAUGCGGCAAGGAGGGACCAGCUUGGAGCGGCUCAGAGGAAGCGAAAGGCUGGCGACGUGGACAUUUCGGUGGACGUUGACCAGCUGGCUGACAGCGAUAAGUUGGACAAGGAUGCUUUGAAGAAGGAGUACGAGUCGAGGCAAAGAGCCGAGGCGGCAGGACAGUGGCAGAGCAUCGAUCAGGACGAUCUGGCCGACAUGAUUGCGUCAGAAAGCAGGAAGAGGGUCAAGAGGGAAUCUGAGCGAGGCAAUAAGCGGUAA